AUGCCACCCCCAACAGCCCUCAUCAUCCCCGCCGUGAAACGGCACACCGCAACCGUGAUCAUGGCCCACGGCCUCGGUGAUAGCGGGGUAGGUUGGGUCGGAUUAGCAGAGAACUGGCGCCGGCGACAGAAAUUCGAGGAAGUGAAGUUUAUCUUCCCCAAUGCGCCUACAAUCCCCAUUACCGUCAACGGCGGCAUGCGAAUGCCAGGCUGGUACGACAUCGUACGUAGAAGCUCAUCCACUAACUUCUCCGACCUGCAAGCCCAAUCCGAUGAAGCCGGCAUCACACGCUCACAAUCUUAUUUCCACUCGCUCAUCUCUUCCGAAAUACAAUCCGGCAUCCACUCCUCCCGUAUAAUCCUCGGGGGCUUCAGCCAAGGCGGCGCUAUGGCGAUAUUCUCGGGUAUCACGAGUAAGGAGAAGCUAGGGGGUAUUUUUGGAAUGAGUUGUUAUCUGUUAAUGUACAAUAAGGUGGAGAGUUUAUUGCCGACAGAGGGAGGGAAUAAGGAGACGCGGAUUUGGAUGGGGCAUGGAGAUAGUGAUCCCCUGGUCAGACCGGAGUGGGGACAAGCGACGGCCCGGAAGUUGAAAGAUAUGGGGUUUGGGGUGGAGUUGAAGAUGUAUAGGGGACUCGAACACUCGGCCGAUCCAGAGGAGAUCGAUGAUGUGGAGAAGUUCUUGAAUGAAUCAAUACCCCCCCUAGGAGACCAACCGAGUCUGUGA